CUAUAAUAACCGUGCUCUUGAUAAUACCGAGUUUUGUGGAGCGUCCAGGGUGCUACGUAAUCGUCUUUUCUGAUAACGACCGCGAGAUUUUACUGCUUUGGAGUUUUCAGUAUGUUCUUGAUCGGUACUUUAUCUGGAAUAUAAAGCGUCGCUCGCGUAUUAAUUAAUCGGGACCGGAAUUCCGGAUUUCCCGGCAGCCACGAAGUGUUCGCCGAGAGGCAAAAGUGACCCUUAAUAAGGAUUAGCAGCGCGACGUAAUUAAAACGCGAGCUUCUGCGAGUUACUCGAGACGUAGAAGAAUCGUGGAAGAUCACAGCCAGCGAUGGCAGCCAACGUGUUCGCUGCUUUCUCGGUACUUAAGGACCACGUUAAAUUCAAGGUCAAUCAGAACGCGGUAGCCAUUGACAAUAUCGUUUUCAGAUUACACUAUAGGAUUACGUUUUUGUUGCUUCUCGUUGCCUCGAUUUUAGUCACCUCCAGACAAUUCAUUGGAGAACAUAUAAGAUGUAUCGCCGAUACUGCUGUACCAUCUCACGUCAUCGAGACCUUCUGUUUUUUCAUGUCCACGUACACCGUGGUGAAGCAUUUGAAUGCUACCGCGGUGCAGCAAGGUGAAUUACCACAUCCUGGCGUUGGACCAGUGGCUAAAGACGACCCCGUCAUACAUCACGCUUAUUAUCAAUGGGUGCCUUUUGUCCUGUUCUUUCAAGCGCUUCUCUUCUAUAUGCCGCAUUACGUAUGGCGAAAAAUGGAAGGUAAUCGGCUAAAUAUGUUAGUUUCGGGAUUACACAUGGCAUCUUUAUUAUUGAGCGAAACGGAGGUUAAGAUAAACGACGAUGUCAAGGUACCUUCGAAAAAGGAUCGCGACGAGAAGAUACAGCAGAUUCGCACUGGCUUUAUAAACCGCUUGCAUUUGAAUCGUCCGUGGGCAUACGGACUGACCUUUUGCGAGAGUCUGAAUUUUAUAAACGUGAUCAUGCAAAUUUACUUGACCGACUGGUUCCUUGGAGGAGCUUUCCUAGGCCUUGGCCAAUCAGUCUCUGAGCCACUGUCCAAAGAUAAAAUGGAUCCACUCGACAUAGUUUUCCCUAAGGUAACCAAAUGUAUUUUUCAUAAAUACGGCCCCUCUGGUUCCAUACAAAAGCACGAUGCGUUGUGCGUGAUGGCACUGAACAUCGUUAACGAGAAGAUCUAUACGCUUCUUUGGUUCUGGUUCGUCGUGCUGGCAGUAAUAACCGGUUUGGGAUUGGUUUGGAGAAUGCUGACCAUGAUCUUUCACGCCAGAAGCACAUCAUUCAACAGAUUCGUGUUUUCUAUGGCCUGCCCUGGGAAAUACAAUCCGUGGAACGUACUCAAGGUCACUCACGAGUAUUACUUCGGCGACUGGCUAUUCCUCUACUACAUCGCCAAAAAUUUAGACAAUUACGUUUUCAAGGAGCUUCUUCAGAGAUUGGCAGAGGAUCUAGAGAACAGACGUCAUGCGCGUUAUAAAAUCUUGCCCCCAGACGUCGAGGAAGAAUUGCUGAAGAAACAAUGGGAUGAUAUUAAGCCUUCCAUAAAUUGAGGAACUUGAAUAUAUAGUAACCGUUAAAUACUCGUUCAUAAGUAGUCUCGCAAUAUGAUAGCUAAAAAAUUUUAGAUCAGUCAUAAUUUUAAAAAAAUUUUUUUUAUAAUCCGUAUUGUUUUUUAAUUUUUUUUUCGGCAGCAACUCAAGUUACAUAAUACAUUUGUCAAAUCACAGAAUUUACACAUGGAGAUAUUGACAGGAAACCAAUAUAGUAUAGCUUAAUAUGUAUAGCUAUACAAAUAUUGAACAAAUAAGAGCUGCAAAUGUGCGAUUAUAUAUUGCACGAUGAAAAUUUGCGUCAUAAUGACUUUUGAAAAAUGGUUAUCUCGCAUAAAUUAUAUGCAAACUUUAAUAAGCAGAUAACAAGCUAGAUAUAUAUAAUUUUUUGUACGUUACACAUGUGAUCGCGCGCAUUCGCGAGUAUAUUAUAACACUGCCGAACGAAAAAUUGUUCUUUUUAUAUGUAUAUAAACGUGCUUUAGCGCGAUUUACUGCAAUUGUAGGAUAAUGCGUCUUGCGUGCAUCACGUUUGCAACCGCGCUUGUGCUCGCGCAUGACAUGCAUGACAUAAACGCAUAACCGAUCAUCUUUUAACUAUCUCAUACGGAGAGCACGCGUGCAUACGUUGCGUGUGAUCGUAUACAUUGUGCACACCCGUGUGUGUACAAGCUAGCACAUAUAUAUAUACGCAAUAAAUAGUCCGUACGUUAUACCGAUCCGAUAAAUGACUCGACAAUAGUUCGGAUCGUUAAGUCGUUAAGGCCUCUGAUUGGAAUUGUACUGUGGCCUACUAUCGUGUUCGAUAAAGGUUUAGAUUUUAUGGCACUCGUUGGAGCUGUUUAUUCGAAUUAUUGCUACAUUCUGUACCUCCCAUCGAGCGUUUGAAAAUAUUGACUCGAUGACAAAGGAGCACGCACAUUUACUUUGUAUAAUAUUAUUUCUAAUGAUUAAUAUGAAUACAAAAAAAAUAAUUUUCGCGCUAAAAUCCUUUGUAGCAAAAUAAUUUUAUUAUUAAUCUUUUUUAAAAGUUUCUUUUAUAUUUGAAUAAUUUUUUAUAACAUAGCAUUUAUAUGUGUAUGUGUGCAUGUAUGUGUGUGUAUAGGAGUGCCAUAUCAAUAAAUAUUCAUAAUAAAUAUUUUUAUGAAAAUAGAUAUCUCUAGUAUUUGUAACAAUUCCAGCGAAUACGAAUUGUAACAUCUUUAUCCAACGAGGGUCUCCAAAUGAGGUUUUCUUAGGUCUCGUUACAACGAGCUUUUGUCUCCGUGCGGAUGCAUAUCUCUGACAUGAGAAGAAAUCCGAGAGUCCGGUCGAUGAAAUCGUCACUGGCCGGAACUCAUUAUAUUCUCUUGGGUCGGGAAAUGACGAAAGCGACAAGAGAGCAGAAAAAGAAUGGAAGCUUUGCCCGCGUAGUUGACGCACUUGGACUCUAGACCUGUAAACCGGUCAAACCGCGCCAAGCGUCGCUUAUUUUCUUUGUUCUCGCGUUCAAAGUCGGACGAAACCAAU